AUGUCGGACUACGGUGGAGGCGAUCACGAAGAUCACGAUGACGCUGGAUUCGACUAUGAGCCACCUGAGUACGAGUAUAUUGAUAACGAGCCCGAGGACUAUAUUGAACCAGAGCAGGCAGAACAGGGCGACCAAGGCUAUGCCAUAGUGAAUGGCAAUGGGCAACAUAUUCAUAAUGGAAAUGAAAAUUCUGCUUCGGGUGAUCCUAACGCUGGCGCAUCGAAAGGCAAGGUCAUGUUGCAGCAACGGGAAAAGAAGGUCCCCAAUGAUCAACGCACUACAACUCCCUACAUGACAAAAUACGAGCGGGCGCGAGUUUUGGGUACACGAGCGCUACAAAUUAGCAUGAACGCGCCGAUCCUUGUUGACCUAGAAGGAGAAACCGAUCCCUUACAAAUCGCACUGAAGGAACUCGCCCAGAAAAAGAUUCCUCUGAUUGUCAGGAGAUACCUGCCUGAUGGAUGGUAA